AUGCCUCCGGAUACAGAUAGAUCAGAGCAAGCGAAUAUCACAAGAAUCAAGUGUUACAGAAAUGAAGUUAUCGCACAUGUAACAACAACUCGAGUUGACAAUUCAACAUUUGAGUCUUUAUGGAAGAAAAUUGCGCAGGCGAUAGUAGAAUUGGGCGUUUCACAGAGUGAUGUCGACGAUUUAAAAAAAUGUCCUCUUGGGCCUGAAGAAGAAGUGUAUGUGCAAAAGCUUAAAGAUUGGAAACUGCACGAAGAUGAAUGUAUUAAAAUGCUUGCAACAAUGACACAAAUCGUUGAAGAAACCCGCGAUGGAGUAAAUUUACUAUGCCAGUCUUUGUUGAAGAAAAGUGAGAAUGAAACCCCGCAAACUUCCCUCAAGCGCACGCUAUCAAUACCCGAGGAUGCCAAUCCUGAAAAAAAUUCCUGCAAGGAGAGUGGUGAAGAUGUGUUACGCAAACUUGCCAAACAUAAUUUCAAGAAUAAAAUUCAAAAAAAAGUGAAACUUUUCCUACCUGGAACGAGAGAGUGGUUGUUAAGGGAAGUUGACGAAUGGUUUUGUAGCAUUGAUAGUGAUUCGAGAAUAAAGUUAAUAACAGCUGGACCAGGAUUUGGUAAAAGCGUUUUUGCCGCUAAAAUCUGCGAAGAUUUUGAGAAGAAUGGAAAGCUGGCUGCUUGUCACUUUUGUGAUUUCAGCAAUUCAAACCUAAGAGAUCCUAUGGUGAUGUUGGAGUCUCUCGCAAGUCAGAUGUGCAAGAGCCUCCCUAGUUUUAAAGAGCAGCUCCUUGAUCAGUUAGGACGACGUCAUCAAGUCCAAAACCUGAGAGAUGCAUUUCUAAUAUAUUUGCAAAAUCCUUUAGAUGAAUUGGAAAUAAAAGAGCCACGUUUAGUCGUGAUCGAUGGCUUGGAUGAAAGUGCUGCUGAUAAUAAGAAUGAAAUCGCGCAUUUGAUUGCUGAAUAUUUUCCUGAGCUUCCCGAGUGCAUCAAAAUCUUGGUGACGAGCAGGCCAGAGAUUUCCGUUGCUGAUCUAAGACUAAGAGACGAUCAAAAGACAGACAUUUCCAAUGUUCAUGACGACAAUAAUUUAGAUCUUGAACUUUAUUUUAAACAAUGUUUUCCAAGUUUAGUCGGCAGGGAAGUGGAUAAAAGGGAGUUGAGCGAUGAUUUCUAUAAGGAUAAUCUAUAUUUUUACCGCGUUCGGCGAAAUGGAAUUAUUAUUUUACUUUCCAUUUUUGUUGCCAAAUGCCAGGGCUCAUUUCUCUAUGCAUAUCACUUUGAAUCUGGGCUAAAGAAACGCUAUGAUCUUAAGAAGAUAACAGAUAAUGACGUCAUGGAGUUUCUCCCAGAAGGUCUGCAUUCUGUUUACGAACGAUAUUGUAAACGCCUUGAAGACGAGCUUAACGCCAUAAAACACGAAAAAUUCGAUGUUUUGAAAAUUUUAGAAAUGCUGGCUGCUUCCGAAGAAGAUGUUCCCCUCACUUUCGUCGCUCAGGUUUUUGGUUUAACUCCAGAUUGUCGCGAAACGAAAGACAUCAUCAACAAAAUUAAUGAAACCAUAUCGUGCUUGUUGUACGUUUCAGAUGACAUGUUAACCGCUUUUCACAAAUCCUUUAUUGAUUGGCUUCUAGCAAAGGGCUACAAAGAUCACCAGUAUACUGUCAAGGUCGAUGAUGGACAUAGAUCGCUUUGGCUUUUAUGCGAAAAGGUUUUUAAAGGUAUGGUGGAAAGUGUUCGCUAA